GGCGCGGAGACGGGUCGUGAUGGCCGCGACUGGUUCUGCGGCGGUGUCUGGUGCAGGGACGCCGGUGGCGGGACCUUCGGGCCGCGACCUCUUCGCCGAGGGACUCCUCGAGUUCCUGCGGCCGGCUGUGCAGCAGCUCGACUCUCACGUUCACGCUGUCAGGGAGAGCCAGGUAGAACUCCGGGAGCAAAUUGACAACCUGGCUACGGAACUGUGUCGGAUCAACGAGGACCAGAAGGUGGCCCUGGACCUCGACCCCUACGUGAAGAAGCUGCUCAACGCCCGGCGUCGGGUUGUGCUGGUCAACAACAUCCUGCAGAAUGCCCAGGAGCGGCUGAGGAGGCUCAACCACAGUGUUGCCAAGGAGACGGCCCGCAGGAGGGCCAUGCUGGAUUCUGGGGUUUACCCCUCUGGGUCACCCAGCAAAUAGCUGAAGAUGGACGUGGGACUGCAGAGUGGCCAAGCACUGUGCACCGGCUGCACGGGAGCUCCUCCCCGCACAAGGCAGCCGUGUGGGUUGUUUUAAGCGCGAGGCUUACCCUCCUGCUUAGGGCCCCCCCAGAUUUCUUCCAGGAAGGAGCAGAAGCCAGGCUCACUGUAUACAGGCCUAGGUCCCCGGAGCUGGGGCAGCACGUUCUGAAACUGCCUGGUUUCCCACUCACACUGAGGGCAAGCAAAGACAAGGUCAACGGUGACCUCUGCCCACCCUCUUUGCACUGGCUUGAAUACACUAGCAGUGUUGCUAGAACCACUGAAUACAAUAAAUGCUUAAUAUGGA